AUGACCGUUGCCUGCAUCAAGGCAGGAUAUAAGGCCCUUUUCGUGUCUCCUAGAAACCCUCUCGAGGCUCAGCUGAACCUAUUCAAGCUAUCUGAAUGCCGUCUGGUCGUACGCCCGCCAUCACACCAGUCUGUCGUCGACUUCUGGGUAAAACACUGGGACAUGAAGCAAAUCGAGAUCGAGCCUCUGCACGACAUUCUAUCUAAGCCUCAAGUACCCAACGUACCAUACACAAAAACUGCGGCGGAGGCAGAGUGGGAUCCCUUCCUUGUUCUCCACACCAGCGGUAGUACAGGUCUCCCCAAGCCGAUUGUGACCAAGCACGGCUCCAUUGCCUUGACGGAUGCGCAGCACCAGUUUCCGGAAUGGAAUGGCACAAUCCCCAUCGCCCGGGCAAUGGAGUCGCUGGCGGACGUACACUUCAGUCCCAUGCCAUUAUUCCACGCCGGAGGCGUCUAUGGGUUCAUUGGGACUGCAGUGCUCAGCAACAAGCCCAUAAUCUUCCCGUUCCCUGACCGUCCGCUUACACCUGAUCUUACCAUCGAAAUUCUCCAAGCUACGGGUGCGAAAAGCGCGGCACUACCGCCAUCUCUACUCGAGGAGAUGGUUCAUCGUCCUGAUCAAAUUGAGGUACUGAAGAAGCUCAACUUUGUUGGCUUUGGUGGAGGUCCUCUCAACAAGGAGGCCGGUGACACCCUUUACAGGAAUGGAGUCAAGUUGCUCAACAUCAUUGGUGCAACUGAGACUUUGCCAUUCUGUAUUUAUUAUCAGAAGAACUCAGCGCUUUGGCAGUACUUCAUCUACAACGAGGAGCUCUCCGGCGUAGAAUUCCGAAAGGCCACAACCGACGAGGACGUUUACGAAAUGGUGAUCACCAGAAAGUCCAAGCAGAUCCCGAUCCAGGGCAUCUUCUAUACGUUCCCCGAUAGAGAGGAGUACGCCACGAGCGACUUGUACAAGCCUCACCCAACACUGCCGCACCACUGGAAGUUCCACGGCCGAGCCGAUAACAUCAUUAAUCUUUCGAAUGGAGAGAAGCUCAACCCCGUGAGAAUGGAAGACAUCAUUGCCGGAAACCCCGCGGUGAAGGCUGCCCUCAUCGUAGGAGCACAGAAAUUCCAGCCAGCUCUGAUCAUAGAGCCCUUUGUCCAGCCAAAGACAGACGAGGAGAUUGAUGACCUGAUCGACCGCAUCAUGCCGCAAGUUGCCGAUGCUAACGAGACAAUUGUGUCCAACCCGGAGAAGCCGUUCCUGAUGGCGGACAAGGGCACCCUCAAGAGAUCGGCGACAAUCAAGCUUUAUGCCGAUGAGAUCGAAGAGCUCUACGCUAAUCCGAGAGAAGUGCCCCUCUCCAAGGUGCCGCGCCUCGAAUUGAGCUCCCAGGCCGCGCUUAGCAGGUCCAUCGAGAAGCUCCUCCGCGAGCACCUCGGCGUCCCUCACUUAGAGUCCGAUACUGAUUUCUUCGCGGCGGGCAUGGACUCGUUGCAAAUCAUUGCUGCUGCACGUUUCAUCACUGCUAGUCUGCGCGCUACGAAUAAGCAUUACAGUGAUACGACUAUUGAGGCUCGCGAUAUGUAUACUCACGUUAGUCCUCACCAGCUUGCUGGUCACAUUUUGCGGUCUGGGCAGGGCAAGGCCAAUAGCGGUGCUGCUAGCGAGAGCGAGAACCACCAAGCAAUGGAUAGGUUAUAUCAGAAGAUUCGACAGAACCUGAUUCACGCCAAACGUGGACGCCCUGAGCCAGCAAAGGAGCAGCAGACCGUCAUUCUCACCGGAUCCACCGGAAACAUGGGAUGUUACUUGCUCGACGAGUUGAUCCGCAAUCCGCACGUCAACAGAGUCAUUUGCUUCAACAGAUCAACUGACGGUGGUGCCGGAAAGCAGGCCAACGCCAUGCUAGAGCGCGGCCUGGCCAGCCCAGGAGAGAGCGGCAAGGUCGAAUUUUUCCACACCAACUUGUCGCAACCCAACAUGGGGUUGUCGCAAGAGGUCUACUCUCGCCUCCUCAAAGAGGCGGACCGCAUCGUUCACAACGCCUGGGCGGUCAACUUCAACAUGCCUCUCGAUGCGUUUGAGCCGCACAUCAAGGGGUGCCGCAAUUUGGCUGACUUUGCUGCCACGGCGGAGAAGCGUGUCGUACUGGUGUUCGUGUCGACGAUUGGUACCACCAGCAAGUGGGAUGCAAGCCGUGGCCCGGUGCCGGAGAAAUCCCUGCGGGAAUAUGGAAUCUCGGGUCUUGGAUAUGGUCAGAGUAAGCUGAUCUCCAGCAUGGUCCUCGAGGACGCCGCCCAAGUCGGAGACUUCCCUCUGGCUAUCGUUCGUGUUGGUCAGAUCGCUGGGCCCCUUGCUGAUGGUGGAGCUUGGAGCCGCCAAGAGUGGCUGCCCUCCAUUAUCGCGAGCAGUCUCGUUCUCAAGGCGUUGCCGAGACAUCUAUCUGGUAUGAACACGACCGCCUGGGUCCCGGUUGAGACAAUGUCGAGAAUGAUCCUGGACAUCGGCGGCCUGACUGAGGAGUCGAAAGACUAUCACGAAGGUUACUUCCACGGCAGCAACCCCUCCAUCACAACAUUUGACAAGUUGGUCCCUGCUAUCCAGCAACACUACGGAAGGAAUCAACUUCCUGACCUCAUACCCUUCAAGGAAUGGGUCGAGAGAUUGGAAGCAAGUCGUACGGCACCCGGAGCGCUUGGCGCCGACCGAAACCCCGGCUUGAAGUUGGUUGAUUUUUAUCGAGGCGCUGCUUCUGCGGGAGAAAAUAUUCCGAACACGAGGACACACGAUACCACGAGAACUGUGGCUUGCAGUCCUGCGCUCCGCUCGAUUGGACCUGUGACGCCGGAGUUGAUGGCUCACUGGUGCAGGCAGUGGAAGUUUGAGAGCCCUUCGGCUCGUGUCGGUCGUUUGUAGAGGCCUAGAUCUUGGGUUAGAGAUGUAUUUUACAAAUUGAAUACAAGUCAUCAAUAAAGACAUCUCAUUCAAAACAUGUGCCAGAUCUUCGGUCAAGUUGUCGUAACGUCUAGCGCUACGAGGCGUACAAAUGCAAU